AUGAAUGAAAAACAUGAUAUUAAAACUCAAUGUAAAUCAUCACCAUUCUUAAGAACAAUUAGUUGGGCAUUCUUGUUAUUAUUAAUACUACUCCCAAUAAGGUAUUACACUAUUUAUUAUCUAUCCUAUUUCACUCCUCCUUCGACGGCUAUUUCACCUUAUUUAUCAAUUGAAACAAUUACAUUAAAUCAAACUCAACAGGAUGAAAUUAAACAAUUAGGUCUUACGCCAAAACCACAAAUCAAAAUAAUCACCAAUGGAAAAGGUGAACAAAUAAUCCAUGGACGAUUCUUACACAUAACAGACAUUCAUCCAGAUCCAUACUAUAUACCAGGUUCAUCUACUGAUAAAUUAUGUCAUGGAGGUAAAGGAACAGCAGGGAAAUAUGGAGAUGCAAUCUUGGGAUGUGAUGCUCCUAUGAUAUUAAUGAAUGAUACUAUAAAAUGGAUAAGUGACCAUCUAAAAGACAAGAUUGAUUUUAUAAUUUGGACAGGAGAUAAUAUGCGUCAUGAUAAUGAUCGUAAUUACCCAAGAUCUGAACAACAAAUAUUUGAUAUGAAUCAACAAGUAAGUGAUUUAAUGUAUGAUGCUUUUAGACAUUCAGAUGAACCAGUAUUAGAAACUGGAGUAAUUCCUUCUUUGGGUAAUAAUGAUGUAUUUCCUCAUAAUUUAUUCUCCCCGGGGCCCACUUUACAAACUAGAGAAUUAUAUCGAAUUUGGCAAAAGUUUAUCCCACCUGUUCAAAUGCAUACUUUUGGGCGUGGGGCUUAUUUUUUUCAAGAAGUGAUUCCGAAUCAAUUGGCGGUAUUAUCUAUAAAUACCUUAUAUUUGUUCCAAUCUAAUCCAUUGGUUGAUAACUGUGAUAAAAGGAAACAACCAGGAUAUAAAUUAUUUGAAUGGUUAGGUGUGGUUUUAAAAGAAAUGAGAGCAAGAAAUAUGAAAGUAUGGUUAAGUGGACAUGUUCCACCUAAUGAAAAAAAUUUUGAUGUUUCUUGUUUACGAAAAUAUAUUGUAUGGACUCAUGAAUAUAGAGAUGUUAUUAUUGGUGGGGUAUAUGGACAUAUGAAUAUUGAUCAUUUUAUUCCUUUGGAUUCUGUUGCUGCUUGGAAAUCUAUCAAGAAAUCAUUACAAACCGAUGUCAAAUCAUUUGACGAAAUAGAUUCAUUAUUCAUCGAAUCAGAUAGCGACAGCGAUGACGAAGAUGAUAUAACCCACCCACUUGAAGAUUUAAAUAUUUAUCGAGUUUUGGAUGAAAGAUUUGACGAAGAUUUCUUCAGAGUUCAAGGAGGAAUCCCCGCCAACAAAGUCGCAUAUAUGGAAACUCUCCGAGAAGAACUCUACGCCACCAUCAAGGGCAAGAAGAAAUCCGGAAACCUUUCAGAACGAUAUUCGGUCGCGCAUGUGGCUGCGAGUGUUAUACCCACUUUCAACCCCGGAAUUCGAGUUUGGGAGUAUAAUAUCACUAAUCUAGCUGAUCAAUUAUCCGCAGUGAGGUUUGAACCUUGGGAUAAAUUUUUCCUUGGGGUUGAAGAAAUGAUGAAUUCAUUUGAUAAAUAUGAUAUCGAGCCUGAAGAGCCCGAAUCUAUAUCGUAUAAUGCUGAUGAAAGUGUGUUUUCCAUCCUUGCUAAGAAACGAGAUAAGACCUUCCCAUUACCUAAACCAGCUGACUUACCUGUUGGUCCUGGUUUUACUAAUCAAACCUUCACUCCGGAAAGAUAUGUCCAAUAUUAUCUCGAUUUAGAGAAUAUUAAUGCCGGGAAGAAGAAGUUUGGAUAUGAGAUUGAGUAUGCGACUGAUGAUUCAUUAUAUGGGUUGAACUCUUUAAUUGUGGAUGAAUGGAUUAAGUUUGGCAGAAAGUUGGGUAAGCCCGUCAAAGAAGUGAAUAAGAAGCUGGAUAUGGAAGAGUUACAAAAGAAGGGAAAGAAAAAGAAUGGGAAGAAAAAUGGGAAGGAUAAUAAGGAUGAUGGUGAGGAUCUGCGUAAAUUACAAGCUGUUUGGGAUGAAUAUUUGAAGAAUGCAUUCAUAAGUUCUGAUUAUGAACAUAAAGGAUUUGGUUAG